AUGGCACGGGUGUAUUUCAGAUAUUUGCUGACAAUUUUUUCCUUGCUGCUGUUCGUGGUGCAGUGGCGAGUGUUCUACAAACAAGACCGGUAUUCAUCCGCUCUGACUGCCUGGACCUGGACAGCAGUAUUUGGAGCUUGCGGAGUGGUAGAGAUGUAUCCAUCUGUCAUCACUGUGAAGAGACUUAAUGCUGUGUAUCUGAUAGUUUCACUUUGCUGGACAGCGCAUAUGUCGCCUUGGCACGUCCAGGCGGAUCGCACUGUGGACAACUCUUUGUUCUUUUUGAUCCUCUUUCGGCUACCAGCAGUGUGCAUCGCCACCACACCGGCUCUCGUCGCUGGAUGCAGCUCGCUGCAUGCGCUGGUGAUACUGCUGCGGGCAAGUACAGAGGCCUUACCGCCAGCAACGCUUUUCACCGAAAUCAGCGGAUUCAUUGCCAUGGUCUCCGCAUCCGCGUCAGUGCAGCUGUACCUGAUUCGCAGAGUCGAGCGUAGAUUGAAAUACAAGAAGAUGGCAACUGACUUUAACGCUGCAUCCUCUCUGCUGCACCUUACUUGUGAUUCCAUGAUCGAGCUCGACGCAGAGUUCCGAAUCUCGGAGCACUCGCCUGGACUCGCGGCCAUGAUGCUCCGGGGUACAAGUUCAACCUUGGCUGGACGAGAUUUUGCGGAUCUCCUCACAGGUGCCGCUGAAGCCGGCCGCGUCGUGGAGCUCUUGCGGCGCUUCGAGGACCUUCCUGCGGACCGCGUGCACGCCCAGGCCUUCCACACGCACUUGAUGGAUGGCGAUUCCAACAGAUUUCGGACGGAAGUCUUCCAGGUGAGGUAUCACACGCCACAAGGCCAUGCAAGACACCUUCUCGGCUUGCGCGAUGUCACAGACCAGGAGUCUUUGUCGUUAUUGGGCAGCAAAAACGUGGAGAGCUUGUCCGUCGCCCCACUGUCUUUCACGCCGAUGUCUGCGGGAGCAUGUAAGGGGAGCUCUGCUUUGUCCUUCUCGGCCUUGGAGAUCCAACUCGGCCCAUCGACGGUCAACGGCACCAUUCAGAUCGUACAAGCAUCUGGAGCUCGCUAUUUCCUGAUGGUUUGUGACAUUCCUUUGGUCAGUUUCACAGCUCCCGGUGGGGGCAUUUCAGCUGACACGACUGACGGUGAAUACGUGUCGGUGACCUUCUGA